AUAAACUAAAGAGAGUGAGUCCCCACAACUCCGGCACAACUAUCUACAUAUGUAUAUGAAAAAUAAGAAAAUGAAAAAAAUAAUGCAUUAGAGACAAUAACAAGAAAAAAUCAUAGUAAAUAUCCAUGAUGGAAAAAGGUGGAAAACAAGCCAGAUUAUGCCAACGACAUUAGUUCAGUUGAUGUCGUGGAGUUAAGUCGCAUACAAGUUAUUUAAAACAAAUAUUUAUAAAAAACUGCAAUUGCAACUAAGAAAAUAACUGAACCAAUUUAAACAAAGACAAUUGAUUUUAUAUAAUUAGUUAAAGAAAAUUAAUAAAUACAAUUCUAGUAAAUGUGUUCCACAAACGAAAACUAAUGUUAAUUAUUUCCAGUUAAACAUAAUACAUAUUUUUACAAACAGUUAAAAUAAACCAGUGCACUAACACAUUUCACAAAAUAUUUCUCACACAAGUUAUUCUCUUUUAAGAUUGUUUAUAUUUUUCUAACACACACACAUAACACAUAAAUAAAAAAUUAAAGAUGUCGAUGAAUAAUCUAACUUUCGAUGGUGAAUUCCGUUAUAUUGUACAAUGGUUUAACGAAUGGAGCGAAUUGCAACGUGAUGAUUUCGUACCAAUACUAGUAAAAUAUAUAACUGGCUCUCAUACAAGCGAAGACGAUGAUAAUGACGAUGGACUUGAAGCAGUAGCGGUAACACCACCAGUUAAUAUGAAUGGUUUACCAAAUGAUCUUGAAUUCAGUGGAAGACCAAUGUCAUUAUUUCAAUGCAGGAUAAAGCUUUUCAAUCAAUGGAACCGUAGAUGGCCUACUGAGUUUAAAGAAAAAUUACAACAAAAAAUUGGAGAAAUUGAUGGCAAAGUAGGUGAAAAAAUUAAAUUGGCCUUAAAUCCAAAUAAUACUGGAACUCUAACGAAUGGUUACGCCUCGAUUGAAGAAGAUCUUCACAGUUUGGAACUGAUAAAAGAAAAUGAUGAAAAUUUAGUUAUUGUUGCUAAUUGUGCAACCGAAAUUGAGGCAAUGAAUGAUCCCAUGACAGCAGUUUUAAAUAAUGAAACAUCUGUCGAUGACAUUGAAACGAGCGAAGAUGUCAGCAACAGUAUUGAACAACCGCUAUUCAAUAACAACACAUCGUUAGCCCCACUUCAGGCUGGUAUUAAUAAUGACGACAAUAAUGCUGUUGCCUCUGGUAAUGUUAACAAUGAUGAUGAAGUUUGCAGCAACAAUACAAAACAUAAUCAUGCAAUUAAUGAACGUGAAGAACCUGUUGAACAGGUUGUACAAAUGCAAAAUCUACAAAUAAAUGAAGAAAAAGCAGAAGCUGAAAAAGACCAUGAAGAUGUUACAGCAGUAACUGUGGAACAGAAACAACAGCCACUACCAUCCAUAACAGUAACUGUUAAUCCAGUCGUUGUUACACAAACAAUUACUACAAAUGCAGAAGUUCCUUUAGUCGUUUAAACAUGUUUGAAUCGAGUUAUAUUUUUUUAUUUUCUUAUUAUAUUUUUUGCUAAACGAAAUUCAGAGCAUCAUGAUCAUCUUAAUAAUUAUUAUGAAAAUUAUUUGAAAUGACAUAAAAGACAUUCCAAUUAUUCGUACCGUUUAUUUUAAGUUAAUUAUAUACAAUACACAUUCAUUUAUUAUGAAUCUAACAUAGAAUUAUACGCACAAUAAACAUGCAUUCCAAUAAAACUCAUGUUUAAAUAUCUAAUUAAUUGUGGCAUAUAAAGUAAAUACUCCAAGCAAAAGACGCAAAAAAAAAACUAUUAAUAAAACUUUAAACCAAUUUUAAA